AGGCGGUCCCACCCCUUUCGGGGCUUCCCAGACCCUACCCGGGGUUCCUCUGCCGCUUCGCCUCCCCUCCCUGAACUUGAUCUCCGCCCGAUCCCCAAUCUCCGGGCCGCCGGAUCCAUCCACCCGCCCCCCGGGGCCUUUCCUACCCACCAGUCGCACCCGGGGCGUCGGAGAGCGAGGGAGGGAUGUGGGGGUGGCUGACGGGGGAAAAGAGGCCCGAGAAGGGCUGGGCCCGGCGGGUGGCCCUUUGUCGGGGAUGAGGGUCACUCGCAUCUCCCUCCAGGGCAGGUGCUGGCUCUGGUGCUGGUGGCCGCCCUGUGGGGUGGCACACAGCCGCUGCUGAAGCGGGCCUCCGCCAGCCUGCAGCAGGUCCAUGAGCGGACGUGGGCCCGGCAGUUGCUGCAGGAGAUGAAGACCCUCUUCUUGAAUACUGAGCUAUCCCUUCCUCCAAGGAAGAACAUAUCUAGAAGCUCAAAGAAGGCAGGGCUGCUCAAUCAAGUAUCAAUCACAGUGACUGCAGAUUUCUUCUGUUUCCAGUAUUUGAUGCCCUUUUUCCUCAACCAGUGUGGCUCCCUUCUCUACUACCUCACCUUGGCAUCGACAGAUCUGACCCUAGCUGUGCCCAUCAGUAACUCUCUGGCCAUUGUCUUCACAAUGAUUGUUGGGAAGGUCCUUGGAGAAGAUAUUGGUGGAAAAGCUCUCCUGCUUCCUUACAGCCAUCAGAGUUUCCUUCUUCCAGGAGCACUCACAGGCAUGGUGCUCACCGUGACAGGAAUUGCACUCUGCAUCACAAGCUCCGUGAGCAAGACCCAGGGGCAACUAUCUGCCCUGUGAGUGGGCCGAUGCCACCCUCCAGCCCUUCUACCUCCAGGAACUCCCUGAGCUGUGAGGUGCAGCCAGUGAGCAGAUGGACCUAGCACUUCCCCCUCCGAGCCUCAACACCCUCAUCUCUUAGGGUGCAUUAGCUACCUCAUGGUGGCUCACACAGGAGAACUGCAGUUCAACUGCUAGGAUUUAGCACGAGAGACUUCAUACCUCCCCAGCAACCUUUCUGCCACAGCAGCAGGGGCCAUGGACGGCAUGGAGAUGGCCAGCUGCAGCCUGAGCCAGAAAUGCAAACAGAAGGUUUCUAGGGCUGUCAGAGGCCUUGGCUGGCUGAGGUGAGGACCUGAGGGGAAGAAGGUACACCAGAAUGGCAGGUGUAGAGAUGAACAGUCUAGGAGCCUUGCCUGUUCCACUUGUGAGAUGGGUGGAAAUCCUCACCUGCCUACCCCUCUCAAAUAGACAGCCUGGGGUCCCAACCAGGUCACUUCAGUCAAGUGGCACGGUGCCGGGAGAGUAGUAGCCUCAAAUAAAUCUGCACUAAACAGAC